ACCGGGGAGGCUGUGUUACACGCCAUUGAAAUGCAAAUAUCAGUGAGGAACAAGGAGUGGUUCUGUGUGUAUGAGUGUGUAUGGCGUGUGUGUGUGUGUUCGUGUGUGUGUGUGUGUGUGUAUGUAUAUGGUGUGUGAGAGCGUGAGUGUGUGUGUGUCCUGUAUGUGCAUGCAGAGCGGGGCAGGAGUGGGAGAGGAGGGGCGCAAAUUGGACAAGUUUUUUGGGGGAGAAGAGACUUUAGAAAACAGCCACACACACACGGCAGAUUCAUCUGACACGGUGCAGACCUGCGGGUUUCCACACACCUUUCUAAAUCCUCUCUGUCGCGCGUCUCCCACAGCAGACCGCUCUCUCGACACUCGAAUUGAUUUUUAUUUACAUUUCGAUUUCAUUAUUUUUAUGAAAGGAACUUUUUUUUUUUUUUUUUUAAAACACCAGAGGAACUUUGGACGCGCGGAUGCUUCCAGGAGCGCGUUCCAAGUGCGCAAAACCCCCGUGCCUUGUGCCAUUCGACCCACGGAUGCCCCCCUCUCUGUGUGACUGAGUCGCCGUGAAUCAUGUCACGCCGGAAACAGAAGCGACCCCAGCAUCUCGUUAACGCGGACCUGGGUGGCCCACGGCUGCUCGCUCACGAUGACCACCUGGGAAUGAAGUCACCGUCCACAUCUCUGGGCUCUGAAGUGACGUCAUCAGGAUCAUCAUCCUCAUCCCCCACCUCUCUCCAGGACUGCCAGCCGCCUCUGGCCCCUCGCCCAUCCCCCGGUGGGCUCCACGCGCCCUCCUUACCCAGCGAGAGCUCGCCUCCUCCCCACUGGCCCAGCCACAUCGCCCCCUUCACCACAUCCCUCCCCAACACCCACUCUUCCCUUUCCCCAGACUUUCCUCACCCCUCGCUGUCUUCCCAGACUCACUCGCCUCCUCCCCUUGGUCAAACCUCAGGUUCACACAGCCUGUCCCACCAAGGAAAUUCUCACUCCACCAUGACCUCCCCACCAAUGGGCAGCUCGGCCACCACCACUACCUCCUCCUCGUCCUCCUCCACAUCCUCUCAGUUUGCGCUGCCUGCCCGGGACAGCACCAGUCCAGGUCAGCAGCUGUCCUCCAUCUCUCCGGGGAUGCAGGGACAGAUCCAGGUGCCUCCGACCCUGGCUGUACUCCUAGAGGAGCUGAGGGUUUUACAGCAGAGGCAAAUCCACCAGAUGCAGAUAACAGAGGAGAUCUGUCGGCAGGUUCUGAGGCUCGGAGGGGCUGUCUUUGGACAAGAUGUUAACGCACAGCCCAAUGGUUCAGAAAGAAACCAGAAGUCUACAGGAGCAGUGUGUUCAUCACCAACACACCCUUCCACUGCUACUCCAGUGACCACAGCCUCAUCAUAUUUGACAGGCCUUCCAUCUUCCCUCUUCCCCAAGUCAGCCAUCUCCAAAUCAGGUGCUUCACACGUUAUUGGCAGCAGAGCUUCAUCCUCCUCUACCACUUCCUCAAUACCUUCCUCUUCUUCCUCAUCUAUUUUAUCCUCUAUCAGCUCGUCUGUGGCCUCCCUACACCCACUGUCCUUAUCACUGGGCCUAACGCCACGCUACCUCCAUGAGAAAUCGUCGAACACUUCCUCAUUCAGCCACAGCAACGGUGUCAGCUUCCCUACUCCUCCACUUCCCACCACCAGCCUUUCCCAGGAACUACAGGCCAACGCCGCUGCCGCCUUAGCUGGACGCCCUCAGCAUGUCUGCCGUUAUUGUGGGAAAGUGCUGAGCAGUGAUUCGUCCCUCCAGAUCCAUCUGAGGUCACACACAGGUGAAAGGCCCUACCAGUGUCCAGUCUGCUUGAGCCGUUUUACAACCAGAGGGAACCUCAAAGCUCAUUUCCUGCGACACAGAGAGCAGAACCCAGAGCUGUCCCUCUCCCUGUUGCCCCCAGCCCUGUCUGAGCAAAUGCUGGCUCCUCCUGUAGCCAUCCAGAGAAGGAGAAAACGGCGUGCUGAUGAUGACGAGCCAUUUAAUGCAGUGAAAGGCAGCGUUCCUGGAAUGACAGAGAGCAUGUCUUUAGGAUUCCUACCUGGUGCAUCCACUCGGCCCUCCCCUUCCUCUCUACCUCUGCCCCCCACGGUGGACAUGGCGCUGCUGUCCACGGCUCAUUCACUGCUACAGCUGAACAGAGCUUCAGCUGCAGCCGCUGCCAGUGCAUCAGGCACUCUACUGUCUUCCUCUUCCUCAUCUUCCUCCUCCAUGGGAAACCACUUUAAAGGUGCAAAGCAGCAGCGUUUUGAUGAAAACACACCUCCUCACUCUGCCCUACAUACAACCUCCCCAUACUCCCAGCUGGCCCACCUCCCUAAGAUACUAUUCCCUGGAGGUACUACCCCUCAUCACCUUGCACUUCUGCGGCCUCCGGGCCACCCAUCCACCUCCCACCUCACUUCUCAUCAGCUACCCUUCCCCUUUCCACCUUUCCCCAAACCAUCAACCUCGUCUCCCUCCUCAUCCUCUCCCAACACCUCUACCCAGACCUCUGACACCUCCAAGUUGCAGCGGCUGGUCCAGAAACUCGAGAAAGGAGGUUCUUCCUCCUCUUUCUCUGCCUCUUCUUCAUCCACCUCCGCACAAACGCUUGCUGAAGCCAAUAGGGACACGUAUGGUCAUGACCUGACCACCACCUCCAGUGCCUAUCGCAGGGAAAUGUUGGCCGCACUCGGCCUGAGCCCAAGUGCCACUAUUGCAGGACUGGUGACCAGUCAGGGCUUCUCAGGUUCGGGCACAUCAACUACCACCACCGCCCCUUCUAUGCCUAGUACCCAGGUUCCUAACCAGUGUGGUGUCUGCUUGCGUGUCCUCAGCUGCCCCAGAGCUCUGCGUUUGCACCAGGCCACACAUCUGGGAGAGCGUCCAUUCCCUUGUAAGCUGUGUGGACGCUCCUUCUCCACGAAGGGUAGCUUAAGGGCUCACUUGGCCACUCAUCGUGCAAGACCGCCAAAUGCCCGGGCCCUGAACUCCUGCCCGCUGUGCCCACGCAAAUUUACAAAUGCCUUGGUUCUUCAGCAUCACAUUCGUUUGCACCUGGGAGGGCAAAUACCACCUGAUGAAGACAUGCCACCUGAAGAUGGUGCAGAAACAGAAAGUGCCGUAUUCGAUGAUGGUGAGAACAACGCCAUCAGCUCCCCAUCUAAAGGCCAACAACUCCUUCCCUUGGCUUUAACAAUAGGCUCCAAGUUGUCAAAUGAUGUGCUCAAGUUAGGGUCCACUUCUAAACAAUCCACAGCUGCUGAUGUUACUACUGUGAAGACAGAGGAAACUGAGGGCUCGACACCCAGUGUCAGUCCACCCAUGACCCGUAAUCCCCCCACAGCAGGAGCUGAAGACCCCCUGCGUCUGGGAGACAACGCCCCAGCUGAUGGUGGCAUGAACAGCUCAGAAGAAGAGACCCACACUGACCUGGGCAGCAACAGCCCUUUCAAAGCACCCAUAGCUAGCUCUCAGUCAGCUGUAAUGAAUGAAGAGGCAGAGGACACCCCUCUUUCUCUCUGUGUCUCGAAGCCUAGGGUAGAAAAUGAUACACCGCAGAAAGAGGUUAGUGUUGAUGAAGCCAACGCCACAGACGAACCCACGACUGCCACGGAUUCUACCCCAAAACCCCAAGCUGCAAAUACCUCACCUGCACUCACCCCUCCUGCCAGCCCCAAAGCUGUCCCAGAAGGAGACGAGGCCUGUGGAAGUGUACCACAAAGCCCACAGGAGAGUAAAGGGAAGGGGGGGGAGACAACCACGCCCAGAGAGCCUUUGCCAGCGUUGGAUCCAGAGGUGGACAAAGACACUGCAGGGGAGGAGGGUAACAGUGUUCCAGAAAAGCCUUCAGAGAGCCCAGAGCCCUCUGCCCCAGCAGCAGCACCACAGAGCCAACCCCCCCGCUCAGACAAACCCUACAGCUGUACCCACUGUGGAAAGGCAUAUGCCAGCCGGAGUGGACUUAAGGGACAUAUGAAAACUCACCCUGGAGCCUUGACCAGCACCCCCACCCCUGCCCAGACCAAUGACAAUGACAUUGCAGAGGAUCACAGCUCACAUUCAACCAAUAAGAACCCGACACAGCAAGAUGAUAAGCAGGGAUUGGCUGAAUCCCCCAAGAAAGGUGACAGCGCAGAUCCUCUACCAAUCAGUGUUGGCUCUGAAGUGGCGGACGAGCCUAUGGACGCUACUGUGUAGUUAUUAUUGUCGAAUGGCUGCAGUAAGAUUUUCAAGGGUCCUGACAAGGGAAUGUAUUUUUUUUUUUGUUGGAUUAGAUUUUGUUUUUAGAGUUAUUAAUUCAAGUUCAUGUGUACCUUUUUGUAUUAGGCAAAUAGAUCUAGUUUAUAUUGUAGCACAAUUACAAGAGACUUUUGAAUGUAGUAUUUUAGGUAUGUAUUUUUUUUGUAUUUCAAAGACCACAGUGAGGCCUUAUCUUACACUCUUACACAGCGUUGUCAUGAUGAGAAUUCAUUUUUUGCUGACACCUACUUCAGCGUGAAGCUGAUUUAAAAAAAAACACACACACACACACAGUGGAGGGUCCAGAGUCUUGAACUGAGCAUCCUGAACUCCAUACCAAAACAGGCCAAAUUAGAAAUGGCCAAAGUUUGUAAAUAUGAGCUGCGGUUAUGUUUUAUGCCUUUUUUUUGUUACUUUCUAAUUUCUUUUUUUUUUAAAUGUGAUGCUGCUGAGCGCAUGUUUCUGAUGUGCGUUGCACUGUGAGUUGCACUGUGUCCUGUGUCCUGUGCUGCCGAAACAUCCACUGGAGCAAACGCAUGCUAGCAAUGAAGAUAACCAAGAUAAUGAUGAUAAUAAUAAUGAUGAUGAUGGCGAUGAUUGUGUUAGAUUAUCAGUACUGUAUCUACAGCUGUACACUUUCCUAGCAGCAAAUGACCUUAUUCAUACUGAUGAUUGUAAAUGUUUCUAUUGUUGUUGAUCUGCAGCGUCACGCCGACAACAAGGAUGAGCCCCGUCUGUUAUAACCACCACCCCCUCUUU